AGGCAAACAACGCAGUAUCUUGUUCAAGCUCCGUGGGUACUGUACUACAGCUGCUUGUUCAUCUGAAGGAUGAAUUGUCUGCUCCAUACGAUUAUACUCUUUUCAAAUAAUAAUAAACAGGACUAACUAUCGAUCAAACAUAGCCAUCUAACAGCAACGAUGAACCUCCCAUUUAUUUGAAAGGUAGCACCUAUUACACCGAUCGCUCGACUUUAGCAACUUUUUUGUUACGGCCCAGCAGUUUUCUACUUUGUCUCUGCUUCCCGCCUUUUUUUCCACCCAAGAACAUGGAUUUCGACUAUGGCAGUGACGAGGAUAGCGGCCCUGCCCGGUCGAAGGCCCCCUCGCCAAAACGACAAAAACAGGAAGAGGAAGCACAAAACGCCGCCGCCGCAGGGAAAAACAGCACCUUCAAUUUCUACCAAGCGGGCGGCUUGAAGGGCCAGGGCCUUCAGAACAGCAGCCUUCCGGGCAACAAGCAGACUGGCGGUGGUGCGGGAACAAAAGGUGGGACGAACACAAGCACGACUUCUGUUCUUGGCGCAAUAAUACGACCCCCACCAGGUGCAAAUAACCAACAGGCAAAUAUUGACCAAAAUAGUAGCACCACGACAUCGACCACCAGCAAGCCCGUGGUGGAAAUCGAUGGCGCGGCUUUCCAGGCCCCCCUCCUCCCCCCGGGCCAAGACGACAAAAACUCGCCCCUGCACGACUUCUACAAGAGACGCGCAAACUACUCCCACCUGGUAACCGGUUCCCACUCCGGGGGGCUGACGGCGCUCAUGAAACUGAACACCGCGUCGCAGGUGGUGCUUUUCAUGCGCGCGGAACUGACGAAGCCGACGUUCACCCUGACCGUGAAGUGCGCCAGCCUGAUUCGGCUGCACCAACUCGCGCCGCUGCAGACGAAGCAAACCUACGCGGACCACACCACCGUGCAAGAAACGGUGGCCGCGGUGCUGAAGGAGCUCCGGCAGUACAGCAAUCUGUUAGAGAAAGAUUUGCGAGACGAAAAGUGGAAGGAAAGUUUGCGAACCGACUUGUGGCUCAGCACUUAUUUGUUGGAGGAGGACAAUCAUACAGAAGGAGCAGAAGAUCUUCUAGAAGAGGAAAAUAAUGAUAGUAACCAGAAGAAGAAAAAGAAAUCGCAGCAGCCGAUUAAUAUCAACCUGCACCCGGAUCUCGUGCUGAUCCUCGAAUGUCUGUACGCAAUCCUGGACAUGAACCUCCCGCUGCCGCAUUUCACCGACGCCAUCCGGCGCAUGUGCUUCCACGUAGACGCGCGCAAGCUGCUGAACCUGCGAAAGCUGGGCAUGACGGGCGAGGUGCCAGACGAAUUGCAGGAAGAGCUAAAACGAAUCGAGAACAAGGUGCAUGAGACCCUCAUCUCGCGGAAACGAAAACGGGAGGACGAAAAGUGGGGCUUGAAAGCCAAGCAAACGGCAAACGAUAAGGACAUCACGCUGCAGAAGCAGAGGGCAAUCGAGGUCUUACCCUACCUCGCCUUCUGCAGUCAGAAGGUGGAGCACGUCCGAAUUGCGGUCGACAACAGCACUAACGCUUUGAUCACCGGGUGGAAGAUGCCGAUGCCGCGGUUGUGCAUUCUGGCAAACAUCGUCGGUCUGUUGGCCAGAGCGGGUGGCGACGAGACGAAGCGGAAGGAAAAGGUCAUGGCGAUCAAAGACGUGGAAAGCGAAGACGAGGAGGAUAUGAGUGAAUUAGACGAGGAAGGGAACAGAAAGAAGAAGAAGAAGAAAAACAAACCAACCGUAACGGAUCUCGCUCUGAUUGACGAACAAAAUCAACAGCAGUCGGAGCAGGAUAUCCUGUGCAAAAGUAUCGUACUCGUAUAAUUGCAUUACAAAUCUCCUCAGCGUGAGAAAUAAAAUUUGUAAUGCUGAUUUACCUCAACAAAAAAAAUUUGUAAUGCAUGACUGCAAUACGAGUGCGAUACUUGUGCACAGGAUACAGGAGCGAAAUGUCGCGUACUUGACCCGGGUGGAGAAUCUCGUGGCGGAGAACCACAAUUGGGAAAACGUGUCGCUAUAUGAGAGUGCACAACUCCCCCCCUCCCCUGAUUUGUAUUGCAUGAACAGCAACAGAAACACCAGCGCACAUGGAGCCUGCGCAUGACAAGUUAAUACGCGUAGUGUUUUAAUACUGUUCAGGCUUCCAGAAUCUGUCAUGCAAACGGUGACACAAGGCAGCACUUGGAUUUGGGAUUUUGCAUUACAAAUGAGGAAGAGGGGGGGUUGUGGACUGUCAUACGUUAGAGUUGCUGGUCCAACUCGUCUACGCCUUGUCCGAGGAGUUUCUCGCCAACUCCGUGUCCGAUAGCUUCCUCUCCACCACCGUCCGCAUGUACGAAGAGCACGUGGCGUUCACCCUGAAGCAGGAUUCCGAGCGGAAGAAGGAACGCGAGAAGAAGAUCAAGAAGAUGGAGCAGCAGCGCGUCCGGAACUUUAACAGCGGGAUGACGGGGUUCACGAACAAGGAGCAGGAUCAGCGGAUCCGCUUUCUCCAGGACGACAUCCUGAACAAGCCCCACCCGAGCAUCGAAAGUUUGUACAACCUGGGGUUCUAUCAAAUGCAAAAAUGUCUGGGUCUGGAAAGUUGGAACUUGUGAUGCUAACUUUGGACUCUAAAAAAAUCUGUAUUGCAUGACCAGCAAGAGGCGCUCAGUUUGUGCCACGCGGGGAGGGCAUUUGUCAUGCGGAAUAGGCAUCAGGAAGCCUUCUAGAAAUCUGCCAUGCUAGAUCAUGGAUUACAGGCAUCGUGGGUCAUGUAAAACAGGCAUGACAAACCUUGCAUUCUGAUUCUUCCAGACCCAGACACUUUUGCAUUUGAUAGGUUCUACCACGCGCUCGACCGGGAGAUCAACUGGCGGCUGGACUUGGAGCCCAAACUGCUGGAGGCGCGGAACGUGCGGAAUUUGGACGAGUUCAAGGAGUCCCUGCACGAGGACAAAUCCUUCAGGUCGAAGUCCUACCAGACCGCGAACAACGACAAGCAGGCGCGGGCGGUCAUCCGCACCAUGCAGGUGAUUGACAUUCAGCCCGGCCACAAGCGGAAAGCCUUUGGGAACAACAAUCUGAACAAGCCCAGUCCGCCAAGGAUGUGCCAGGACACGAGAUCUGCCAGUUUCUAGAUGGAGACGGGCAGCACAAAAGGCGGAGAAGAAGCGGGGACUUCUGUCGCCUGUCUUUAUUGUGUAUGUGUGUUUUAUGACUCUGAGGGACGGAACGGAUUUUACUCACACUGGAUGCGAGCGCAGGCGAAGAUUAUUUCGGCGCUACCACUAGAGCCACGAACUACAUAAUAAAAAUGUAGAUGUACUUUUUCGCGAUAUAGCUGGCAUGCUGUAGUCAGCUUGUUGCGCCUUCGAGCGUCAGCGCAAAGACCGACCUUGUUCGGCUCGAAAGACUAGCCGGUGAGAAAUUGACACGCUGCGCCCCUGUGUGUUGUUGUCGUCUUCCCGAUGUUUGUUGUCAGGAUGCGCAGUAGGAUUGUCCUCCGACCCUCCCACGACGCGCCGGCGAAAUCGGCAGCGGCCCGGCAGUGCGUGGGCCAGGGGCAACAAAGGGGCGGGCCCCUGGAUCUCGGGAGCGUGGCGCAUGCAUUUCGUUGGCGGCGGGCAGGGCGGUGGCGAAGGGCUCGCGAGGCGCUGCGCUGCCCCGCUAUGGCGGCCGCGUUGUCUCUUCGGCGGAUAUACAAACAUAGCUGCUGCAUUGGCAUAGGUGACUGCGCCCAUUUUCUCGACCGAUGAAAGCGCCGCCGCCGACUAAGUAGCGCCAAGCACUUGCCGCCCAUCUAGGGCGUAUGAGGGCGCCGGCGGCCCGCCCAUUUAGCUCCCCGGCGCACUCAAAAAGCCCGCGCGCAGCUUCAACCGCCCGACAGGUCGCGGCGCCCGACGUGCUGGAGCAGCGGCCCGCCUCGCAUUCAGUCGAGUCGCGCCCGCGGCCUCGCGACGGGCUCGGGGCGCCGCGCCGACGCGUGCUGCGGCCACACGGGCUGCGGCCGAACUUAGCACGGAGGCCAGCGAUCCAGAUCAAGGAGAACGGCGAACGCCCGCAGACGCUUGGCGGGGCGCGGGUGGUGGCCUGGAGAAGGUGGCGCCCGGGCGGCCCCGGGCGGAGUACGCACGCCGGGCCCCGACCCCGUUCGUUGUCAGUCUUGUGCCGCGCGGCUUCCAGCGUGGGUGUGAGUGUCGUGCGCUUCCCUGAAGAAAGCCAUUGCUGCGGUCCCCGCCCGAGCUGGACGAUGACGGACUGCCAACGGAGGCCGCGGCGGGCGCUGCUUUGGGGGGCCCUCAUGUCUCUCCAUGUGGUUCGUCUCCAGGUCUUUAAUUUUGGAGAAGAGAUUACUUCUUUGGGUGAAAAUGUCUCUAGUCUGAGAAACAACGAAGUCUCUAGCCUUUCCGCUUCUUGAACCGCUUGGGGCCCGUCGGUGGCCCCACCUCCCCCCCGGACGAAGGAAGCAAGGGCAGGGGGGGAACGGAGCGAGGGCCCGCCCCUUGGGGAAAGGCCGGCGGCGCAGCCCGGCGGCCUGGAAUUCAACCAAGCGAAGAAGGAGAGGCACGGGCCGACGUCGGCGACGAGAAAGAAAAGAUCGGUGGCCCGUGGCGUGGCGCCGACGCAUAGGCCCGGAUAAGAUGGAUCAAGACCCCGCCCAAGACCCCCCAGGACCGCAAAAAAGCAGGGCUUUGAGGCCCAAAGGCCGCGCGUCCUGCGCCCCAGUAGCCAUGGGCGCGCGGAAUCGCGCCGGCGUAAUUCGUUGGAUGGUAGGGGUGGCGGCACCCUUUGCCAGCUCGCCCGGCCGGUGCGCCGGGUCGGUGGGGCCAGAAGGAACAGCGCGCCGGCGGGUUUCGGGGUAAGAAAGACGUCGGCGGGGCGUCGUGUUUCUCUCUGUCCCCGCGGCCUUUCGCCAGCGGCCCCCUGCCUCCUUAUUUCAAGGGAUGGGGCGACCCAUCGGUGGGCCGUGGCCCGAUUAAAUGCAACCAGGGCCAUGCCGGGGCCACUGGGUGGUUGGGAUAUAUAAGCUGCGCAGCUCUACAUCAGAAAAUCCUCAGGAAGUGCGUGGGUGGCAGUAUUAGGCGCGCCACGUCGUGCGCCGGCCUGCGUGCCAUCCAGGCACACGACUCACAGACCGACGGCCCAAGCGCGGCCAUUUCGAGUUUAUUCUCAUCGGGAGCACAAGAUAGAACAUGAUGAUCAGAGAGCAAGCUAAAGCUAUCGGGCUCGCUCCGUGCGACUAGAGACGAAGCUCGAUGCUUCUUGUGUGUCCUCCGGGCAUGCGCAUGUAGUCCUAUGCACUUCAGUUGAAACAUAAUCGACAGAGGAGGUCGCCCUCGCUAGCUCUAGCUCGUGUUGACUUUGAAUGUUGGCAUUUGUUGAGGGAAAGCGAGUGCGCGCGCGUCAGUGAGUAGACGAGAGACAGGAUGUAGUGCGAGGAAGGAAAGUACUUUGGUCAAGUCGUAUUUUUAAAUAAAGUUCCGGCCCUCUCUUGUCAACAAGAGUGCAUAUCGCUCGCAACACGUACCUAUUGUAGCGUCUGAUGUUUCUUUUGUCACAUUCCACCUCCAAUCUGCACCGAACAUUCGUGCCGGGAAGCUUUCACUUUCUCCGGACCAAUCAUAGUUUUCCGUUUGCGUAGAUAUCUGCGAGGAAACGUCAAAGAAACACACUACGGACUGAAGAUUUAUCUCCGGACUGGCAACAAGUCAUAUCGUUAUCGAUAUCUAGCUCAGUCUAGCGCAACAAUUACAAUUCAAAACCAUGGAGAGCCAAGCAACCCCCUCGUGGGGGCUGUACAAAUACCGGGAACGGUAGGGCGCCCCCUCGUGGGGGCUGCCUGCCCGCCCGAAACGCCCCGGGCAGGGUGGGAAGACAUUUCGUCCCCCGGUGUUUCUUGUCAUUCGUUCUGCUCCCGGUGCCGGGGCGCGCGCGUGUCAGUCCGUCGUAGCGAGCCGCGCGGGCACAAUACACAUACCCCCUAACGCCCACGGCGUGGGAGCGGGGCGCCCUGCGGUGUGUGCAUGUGCCGAUCGCGUGUGCCCAUCCUUUUCGGGUGGCGCCUGGAAGUGCGUGCGUGGGCGCGCGCGUAAUCUAGCACUGGCCCCGGGAGCCAAAGUUUGCGCCCUUCGUUCGCUACCCGCCCGGUGGCGUUACUACUUUGAGGAGAUUGCCAUAAUGAGCAGGAGAUUGCCCUCCCUCGCUCUACUAGGUCG